AUGAAAAAUGAACCUAAUGAUUAUUGUGGGAAUGAGGAUUGUGUUGCCAUACACAGAUGUAAAAAUGUUCUGGUUUGGCUACAAUCAUUGCCUUCUGAAAAAGGGGAAAAGGGAGAUCCAGGAGUUGGUGCACAGGGACCCCCAGGGAAAAUAGGACCACCUGGUGUUGCUGCCCCUAAAGGAGACAAAGGGAAUCCAGGUACACCAGGCACUGGUGUUCAAAGCGCAUUACAACUUAAAUCAGAUGUCAAAUACCUAACAGACAGACUCACUAUAGUUGAGAAAGUCCUAGGAUUUCGCAUGUUCAGGAAAGUGGGACAGAAGUAUUACGUGUCUGAUGGUCUGGUGAAAAAUUUUGAAAAGGCACAGAAGUUCUGCUCUGACGCUGGGGCUAAAAUUGUCCUGCCAAGAAGUGAAGAUGAGAAUAACGUGCUAACUUCAAUGCAGGCUGCCCUUGAGUCUACUUACGUAUAUGUUGGUGCAACAGACAGAAAGAAAGAAGGGCAUUUUGUGGAUAUGAGUGACCAACCAUUAAUUUUCACCAACUGGAAGGAAAAAGAGCCGAAUGAUUAUAAUGGAGCAGAGGACUGUACAGCUAUUUACAAAAGUGGUGUGUGGAAUGACAUUAACUGUAAUUCAGAUUGGCAUGUGGUGUGUGAACUGUGAAACAGAUUAUGAAUUUUUACUGCUCUGAUGUUUGAAUGAAGAAGGAAUAAAAGAAAUCUUAUAAAAACA